AUGUCGGUGAUUACUAUUGUUCAGCGCGCCCUCCCCUUCUCGCUCCCUUGGAAACGAAGACAUUCAACAACCAAGGAGAAGGAAUCUGACUCCGAAAGCCCAGACCUGGCCUUCCACGAGGACGAACUUUUCGGCAAUCAAUUUACCGAUUCCCCCGGCACAACGCUGCACUAUGACGUCUCCGACGCUGUGCAUAUAGCGGUGAAGCAGCCCCUGGAUGACACGACGAACCCCGAUGCGUCUGGUCCUGAAUCAAACUCUGACUCGGAUUCCGAGCAUGAGACUCAUCAGUUCUCAGACAAUAGCCAGGCCCGCGCACGCGAGCAACUUUGUCGAGCCGUCAGCUGGGCCAGUAUCGUCCGCAGUCAAUGUCGAUGGUCUAGAGAGCAAGAAAGACAGCUCUGGAUAGCAGAGAAAGAGCUGAGAAGGUGUCAGAAAGCGUGGAGCUCGGAGCAAGAAGUUUGGCUGGCAUAUAUCCAAAGUCUGAAUGAAGAGAAAGAAGCCCAUGAAUACUUUGUGCUUAUGCGCAUGAAGCAGCAGGAGGAGGAGCGGAAUCAGUUUCGCAAGUCUUGGAAGCGGCGUCGGUCUGUGGAGAGCGCACCGGAGGAGAAGGAGUAUACUCCUCCCAUCAGAAGGAACUCUAGUGGACUGAACAGGUUCCGCCCGCUGCCACUAUAUGGAAAGGUGGUACCUGAUCUGGCUAGAGCAGAGUCCACUGCCGUAGCAUGUCGGGCAUGA